AUGGUAAACCUUACAUUUAGGGGAGGCAGCUCCGAUGACCUUGACCUUGACAUAUGUUGUCAAAGAUUUAACAAAAAUGUUAAAGAAUUAUACUUACCGAUCGUCGCCAUCUUGGCAGUGAGCACAAGUGAUGCUUCCGCCGAAAUUUUAAAGGAAUGUCCACCGUACAACUCUGUGGAUACUACAGUUUACAUAGCCCACGAAUUUGACUGUACCAAGUUCUACAAAUGCUUCAUGGGCGAAAAGUACGAAAUGGACUGCGAUUCGGAUAACCAUGGCAAUAAACUGUACUUUAAUCCGGAUCUGCAAAUGUGUGAUUGGCGGUGGAACGUGACAUGCAAAAACGAGCCCGAUCGUGAGUGCGCUAUGGUUAACAACGGGUUCGUAUGGCCUAACCCGUUCGAUUGCAGUUCAUACUACAUGUGCGGCGAAGGCAAGAAAUGGGUGCGAUAUUGCGACGAAGGAAUGUUGUUUGAUCCUGCACAGCUGCAGUGUCGAAUUGACCAAGACAUGACCUGUAACAAUCUCCCAGAAAAGUGUCCACCGCCGGGAUCAUCUCAGACUAUGCUUUUGCCUUACGAAUGCAGCUGUUCCGAAUAUUACGAAUGCUCCAAUGGGGAUGCAUUUCUCAGACACUGUCAUUCCGGGGAGCUGUUCGACCGUAAACUCAAGAAAUGUGUCUCAAACGAAAUAGCAGAUUGUAAUCUCGUUUUGCCAACUACAAACCCUUUGCUUGAUACCAACGAUACGGAUAAAAUUCGCACGUCUCGAUGUCCAGCGAAUGGUUCUCAUGAGAUUGUAUAUUUACCGCACGAAUGCAUGUGUAACAUGUAUUUUCUUUGCAAGGACGGAGAACUAAUUCGUCAGUUUUGUCCAAAGAAUGAAGUGUUUGAUGACGUCAACCAAGUAUGCGGUGAUCAGGACAAGAUUCAAUGUCCUAACGAUCCUCCAGCAAACGAACGGUGUCCAUCCUCGGGUGAUGUGAAAAUUCCUCAUGAGACUGAUUGUAAUCGGUAUUACGAAUGCUUAAACGGUGUGGAGAAACCUCGUAAAUGUCUCGAUGGCCAUUACUUUAACGAACUAUUGCAAAUAUGCGAUUUGCCCGAAAACACGAAAUGCCAUUCAUCUAAAGACGCCGAAUGUUCCACGGAUUUUCGUUGCGGUAUUAUUCGUUUCCCUGAUCACGUGAACUGUUCUUUGUAUCAUCAAUGUGAAAAUGGCAGGAAAGUGUUAAAGGAAUGCUCCCCAAAUCUCCUAUAUAACCCGGAUAAGGAAAUGUGCGACUUGCCUCGGUACGUGAAUUGCAGUCAGGUAACGCAACAUUGUAUACCAGGGGAUAAAACACCUCACGAGUGUCGUUGCGAUACGUACUACAUAUGCAGCGCGGAUGGAAUGCACAAAACUCCACAAUUGUGUGAUCAAGGAUCGAUAUUCGAUUACAUGAGAAAAGAGUGCGACGCGCCUGAGAAUGGUUACCCCAUGAGUAUCGAUGCGAUUCUUAGACAGUGCACCGAAGGAUUGCGUUUCAAUCGCGAGAGGAAAAUGUGCGGCAAGGAUGCGAAUGCCAAGUGUUGGGGAAAUAGCGAUUCACUGUUAUGCGAGCCAAAUGAACUGUUGCCACACGAGUGUCAAUGUGACAAGUAUUACGAAUGCGCGAGGGACGGGCAAAGCAAAAUUCUUCGAAAUUGCAAAAAAGGAUUACUAUUCGAUUCCGAGAGGAGCGAAUGCGUCGCGCAAGAUAGAAUUGAUACAUGCCCGCCGCACGAUUCAUUACCCUACACCGUGCAUUUGCCACACCAAGAUUGUUCGAAAUUCUGUAAAUGCAGUAACGGAAUACCGUACAUAAUGAAAUGCCCGCAGGGUCUCCAUUUCAGCAAAACGGAUGCGAUCUGCACAGCUUCUGCUUUACAAAUUUUAGAUCUAUACUUGGUGGCCAUCGUCGCCGCGACAGCUGUGGCAAUCACUCCGACCAAUGGUCAAAGGGCCGUAACUCCGACAGAGUGUCCAGUCGUAGAUGGAAGAGAAGCGGUUCAUAUCGCGGAUCCAAGCAAUUGUCACAGAUUCUACAAGUGCGACCAUGGAGUGGGUGUAUCGAUGCCGUGUCCAUUAAGUAAUGACGGGAGGACCAGAUUGUGCUUCAACGCAGAACUGCAAGUCUGCGAUUGGCCGUGGAAUGUAAGCUGCUGUAAUGGUGCAGAACCUUCACCGCCUCCUCCAACGCUUCCUCCAACUUUACCAACGUCUUCGUCAACCACGAUAUCUACACCCACAACAUCGUCACCUACGCAAACCCCGCCGGUUGUACCAGGUGGACCAGGAAGUUGUCCGUCGUACGGAUUCGACCGAAUACCUCAUGCAAACGACUGUACGAUGUAUUACGAAUGCCUAAAAGGGCAGAGAUUAGGACCUUAUCAUUGCCGACAAGGUCUUUUCUUCAAUCCAGUAGUGAGAGUAUGCGACCGGCCCGGGAACGUACCAAAUUGCCCUCCUUAUUCCGUUUGA